AAGCGGCGGUAGGGCGCCGGCGCCGCGGCUCUCGGCUCGCAUCGCACAGUUCGCAGACAGACGCGGUGGCGCCGGCAGUGUGCGCCCAGCCCGCCGCGACACCUCACGCGACUCGAGCGCGACACGAGCGCAACACAACCGACCGACGUCCGACGUACCAGUGUCACGUGGUGCUCAGUGAUCCUCUCGCCUCGCCACCAGUGCCCACCAGUGCCCAUCAACUAACACAAUGAGUGACACCAAUGUGACUGAAACAGCGCCUACUUGAGUUUAGUGCCUGUGAUAACUUACAAGAUGUUUGGUUCAUUACAAAUAAACUCUUUAAGUGAUUAUGUGAUUCAGAGAAAUAUGUGUCCCAAAUGUGAACUGCAAUACCAUCUAACUUUCAAUCCGGCUUAGAUUUAAAGAAGUUUAGACGAUAUUGUCAGAAAUGGCUGAAUUUUUUAAACGGUGUUUAUUUUUAACGGUUAUAUUUUGGUGGCAAGUAACUCAUUUGGCAUCAAUUUGUAUAGACAGUUGUGCUUGUAUAUCCAACACAACUUUGUGUCAACAAUGUUCGUACAACAUAACAUUGACGGAUCACUCAGACAUGCACCACCAGCUCACAGUGUGCUGUAACAAAGAGGUGGACCUGCCUCAGGAGUACACAAAUAAAACCGUAGCCCUUGUUACCGCCCAUUUCGGUACAACGUGUAAUGCGAGUAUUGUUUACAUCGACUUGCCGUCAUUAGACACGAACUCUCUACAAAUAAGAAAUAACAGUUUUAUUCAAAUAAGGAUCAACAUCAAAAGACAAAACUUGAGAGAAAUUGAUUUAUCUUCCAAUAACUUGCAGUACGUUACCAAGGGAGUCUUUAAUAACUUCCUGAAUCUCAGAAAACUUAUUUUAAGUAAGAAUAAGAUUAUUAAUAUAUUUGAGGAAAGUUUCUUUGGGUUGUCGAAAUUAGAGACUUUGGACUUGUCUGAAAACAAUUUGACUAUGUUAACGAAUGUGUUUACACCUUUGAAGAAUCUUCAGCAUCUGAACUUGAGCAGAAAUAAUCUCGAGUUUAUCCAUGAAAAUUAUUUCAACAACUGGUUGCUACAACACCUAGACGUGUCACACAAUAACCUGAGGAAGCUAGCGCCGGGUGCCCUGCAGUUAUUACCGAAUCUAGCGCGGUUGUUACUCACUGAUAAUCCACAUCUGGGCAUCACACAAUUGGAUACGCAAUUAUUGGUCGGCACUGGCCGGAGGCUGCAACAGAUAGAUGCGUCUCGGACGGGAUUACACCAAGUACCCGAAGCAUUCACACAUUCUGUGCGCUUCCUAUCGUUAGUAGGAAAUAGAAUUUCUGCCGUUAGGUGUGGGGACUUUGAUAGUUAUCCCCUACUACAGUCAUUGGACUUUUCGGAUAACAAAGUUGUCUCUGUAGAAGAUGAUUCGCUGGGUAGACUGGAGAUGCUAUUAUUCUUAAAUAUUAACAAGAACCUUCUGACGACUGUGCCCAGAUCGUUACCAGAUGAAUUGAAAUAUCUUUCUAUCAAUAAUAAUCAAAUAAAAAAUCUGACAAUUCCUGAUUUGAAAAAUUUACCUAACUUAAGGAUAUUAUUGUUGCAAAAUAACGAUAUUCAUUAUAUCCAAGACCACGUAUUUGACGACCUGCUGUCGUUAGAAAUGCUGGAUCUGUCAAGCAAUCCGAUACAAACAUUGUCGUGGAGUACGUUUGACGGACCGCUGUCUCUGCGAGAUUUAAGACUGUGUUACUUAAACUUAUCGGUGCCAGAACGAGAUGGCUCGUUUCCAAUGUCGUCGCCAGAAAGCGUUCAGAUGUUACAUCUCCAGUCCAGUCCCGGGCUGGCCAGACAGCUACUGGCUGACUCGGCGGCACUCGCCGCAUUUUCUCAUUUACAAUAUCUAGACUUGAGAAUGAAUAAUUUGUCAGAAAUCAGGAAUGAUUUGUUAUUUUACUUGGCACAACUGAAAACUUUGAGAUUACACGGCAACAAUAUAAAUUGUAGCGCUGAGUUAUGGCUCAAAGAUUGGAUGAACUGGAACAAGAGUUUGUCCAGUAGUGAAACUUGUUAUUACUCUACUUCUGAAGCCAAAGUGGAGAUAACUAAAUAUAACUGUACAUUCCCGGAAACGUUCACUAUAAGUGACAGCCUCCCGCCCGUCAACUUGUAUAGUACAGAAAUGAUAAACAAGUUAUUAAGGUACUACGGGUACUUGAAUAAUAAAACUGAAAAACCAUAUAAACAUACGAGUACUAAGAACAAAUAUGACUACACAAAUAUGAAAUCUUCACAAUCAAAGAAUAUGACAAAGAACAACCUAGAUAAAAGAGACAAUUUGUCUGAAUUAGUCAAGGAGAAUUAUAAGGGGACUGAAAGAAGCGAAAACAAAAUCCCCAUGAAUGAUUAUAUGAAUGAAUCAACAAUUGUGAAAGCACGUGAAUCAUCAAAAAUAUUAGAUCAAAAUAAGCUUCAGAAUGACCAACUAAACAUUGAUCACAGAUUUUUAGACAUAGAACCGUUUUCCUCUGUAUCGACUCGAAAUUAUAAAAAAGACAUGAAAGACGAUGACAGCCAUGUUUAUAUAAGGAAUAGAUCUGGGAAACGUUUGAACACGCCUCUCAACGUUACAAAGAAAACAGAAAAUAUUGUCAUUGAAUCUAAAUCUAGCGCCGGUUUUAGUAAGAAUUUGGGCAGACCAGAAAACGUGACUGUACCCGAAAUGGAGGCUUCUCACCCAAAGUAUAAGAUUGAAUAUUCACCGUAUCAGUCAGCUGAUAAGAGUUACGCUCAGUAUAUAGGUACAGUAGCAGUCUGUGGACUAAUAGUGAUGUCUUUGAUAUUAUGGGUGAGUUUUCGCCUCAGAUACAGAAGAAGAAACGUGUCCGUCGUGAACGCAGAGGCCGAGGACCAAAUAGAGGUGUCGAAUAUCUCGGGAGGGGUGUUAUGGUGACACCUGCGGGCAGCCGACCCCACGCCCUUCGAAUACGAUUCUCUCCUUACGUAGAACUAAUGCAAUUUCGAAGCGGUCGGCUGCACGAGGUAUGGACGGCGUUUUGUGAUAUAAUUGGACGUACAUAUUUUUUUAUGAAAUAAGUACAAAUAGAUUGGUUAACAUUGCAGCGGGGCUAUGAAUUGUUUGGACAAUGUAAAUAAACUGUUUUGUUGACUUAUGGUGAUCGUAGGUUAAUAGCCCUAUUUUUAUGUAAAGUCGUCGUAGAAUCGUGAUUUUAAUUUAGAUACCUAACCUAGCUGACUUCAUCUACUACGCCGUACUUAAGGGCUUUUUGUGGUUAGGCUACAACAUACUGUACAUAAUUAUGGUAUAACGCAAUACGUAAUGUUAAAUCACCAUAUCGGUAAUAACAUACGUGGGUACGAUGAAUGGUUAUGACUUUGAGGCCGAAAAUGUAUUGCGCAAAAUAUCGUGAAAGCAGAUCAUGUCUUCCCUGUAAACCUUGUAAUUAUAACGUUGUAAACAAUUUAUUGCGUAACGAGCUCUACUCAAGUGCCAAAGUAUAUUAUUUCAUACUAAAACUUAGACUUGUAUCUUGACAAUCAUUACGAUUAGCACACAAGUAUACUGUAAUGUUUUAUGUUGUUUUGCUCUUUCUGUGAUUGGGUAUGUAAUGUUAGGUGCCAUUUUUAAUAAUAAUACAGAUAAUAUCGGAGAAAGGAACAAAUAAGAUCUGUGGGUUGUAUAAAUAUUGGUUCUUAUGCGUGAAUUGAACCCGAAAUUAAUAUAAAGGUCAAAUGUCUUUACGAUAAGUUAUUGAUUUUAAUUAAAUGUAUCUUUUCCUUUAAUAAAAAUUGCAAUAUUAGACUUUCUUCAAACAAAGUAACGCACAUCCUUUGUUUAUUUUGUCACAACAAUGAUAAAUAGACUGAGUGCGUAGUAUGAUUUCUCUCAGUACCUUUUACUUUUGCUUACUGUAACAUGAAAAGGAACACUACAUAAUAAACCAAAGAUUACAUAUACACAGUUUUUUGAAAAAAAAGGUAAUUUAAAAAACUAAA